AGUUAUUUUUCACAACAUCCCCUAAAAAUUUGCUAGACACAACGUUCGGUGUUAGGUUCACUACCAAACAAUGCAAUGUAAUUGUAGACAACAUAUUACAUUCUUAUGAACCAGAAAAAUAUUAAUUCUAUUUUUUCUUUCUGUGUAUAAUUUUAUUUAUUUCCUUCAAUAGUAAAAUUUCCUCGAUUUGAGAGAAAGAUGAAAAAUGAAAAAUGAAUUAUGUGUGAUCAUCAAAUUUUGAUAGAAUGAUUCUGGGUAGAUCAUCAAAAUUGAUAGAGGGUGUAAAACCCUGUUGUUGGAUUUUGUCGAAAAUUUGGUAGAUUUCUUUGCAAUUUUGAUUGGGUAUCUGGCCAAAUUAGAUGCAUGGCCUUGCUUAGGAAGCAGCUUUCGUUUUCAUCCACGAGCUUUAAAUCCUCAAGAACUACUAACAUACACUACCCUUUAAAUUCAAGUCUACCACCUGGUACUAUCACUGAAUUCGUCUGGAAAGAUUACAGCCCCACCCUUUUCAGAAAUAUACAAGAGCUCGCAAAUGUCAGCAACGAUGAUUACAGGUUAUCAGUGUGUAACCACGAAGUUCUCAUGGAAUUGAUAGUACGUGGCUGUGGUAAGCCAUUCUAUGUACCUCAUGAUGACCGCUUUGUCAUUAAAACCUUGCGCAAAUCUGAGGCUAAGGUUCUGAUGGAAAUGCUUCCGAGUUACUAUGGUCAUAUUCAGAUGUAUGAAAAUUCCCUCUUAGCUAAGUACUAUGGCCUUCAUGCAGCAAGACCUGGUUCUGGAGGUUCUAAGGUGUAUUUUGUGGUAAUGGAGAACUUGUUACGAACAGAUUUGCAAAUGCACAAACGGUAUGAUCUGAAAGGGUCUUCACAAGGAAGAAGUGCUACUAAAAAUGGAACUCAACCAAGAUUAACAUUAAAAGAUUUAGAAUUCGAUCUCCGCUUCUAUCUCAAUCCUUUAAUUCGGACUCAGAUCCUAGAACAAAUAAAACUAGACUGCAAAUAUUUGGAGGAGCAAGGAAUCAUGGAUUACAGUCUUUUGCUUGGGUUACAUAUAGAUAAUCCAAAGCGAGAUUCAGCUAAAGGGCGGAAGGGAAUGGAAAAUGAGGAUCCGGAAGCUUAUUAUAGCCGAGACCCUAACAGGGGUAACAACACAAGAUUUGGAGCAAAAGUUGAAGCACGGGCGAUGAAAAUACCUCAAAGUGAACCGAAAGCAAGCCCAUCUGACGGUAGCAAAUCCAGGAGAAUACAAGAGCCCAUAAAUGUCUACUUAUUUCUUGGAAUUAUUGAUUUCUUACAAAGCUACAACGUCAUCAAAAGACUCGAACAUGCUUACAAGUCGUUGCAGUAUGAUUCCAAGACUAUCUCAUCUGUUAAUCCUAAUUUUUAUGCAACUCGCUUUCAGGAUUUCCUUCGUAAAGUAUUCAUUGCCGAUGAGUCGGCCGGGUAGCUUAGCCCUCAAUCUCAACGACACUAGUUCGUUCUCUACAAACCCAGGGACGGCCUAGCAGUCUCAACAAACACGUAUUUUACUUACUGGAUGGAUAUAAUAAUGUAUAAAAUUAAUCAUUUGAUUUUUGACAUGUAAUUCCUAGAUAAUUAAGAAACUUCGUUAAACAAACACCAGAUUAUUGUACCACUAUAUGCUAGAACCAUUCAUGCAUC